AUGUUUUUGUGGAUUGUAUUAUUAGGAUUAGUAACAGGACUGAAUAAACGUCCAGAGAAUGUUAAUGAUUUGUCAGAGAUUUUGUAUGGAUACUAAUAUAAGGGAUAAUGGAUAUCAUAGAAAGAUGGAUAAUAAUUUCAUUACUUGACAGUUGAGUAAGGAGAUGCUUAUAUGAUAUUUUUAUCUAAUAAUACUUAGUGGAAUAAUGAUACUGAUGUGAUAGAUCGAUUUAAGUUUUAAUUGUUGAACCCAAAAUAUGAAGAAUUAGGAUAAGUAUAUGGAAUAUUUAAAUUAACAAAUUACUCUGAUACUGAUAUGUAAAGAGUGAUUAUAAUAUUAGUUCAUUCAAUAAUAUCAGUGUUAUAAACUACACUACUUAUUAUAAAUUUAGAAGAAACUAUUAUUCAAAAGAGAAUUGUGAAAUUACAUAUAAUAUUACAAUUGAAUUUUAAUCUGAUCAUUAUGAUAAGGAACAUGCUGAGAUUGAUGUGCACUUAAAAACUUAAAAUAAUACUUUAGAUCCACAUUGUGAUGUUGAUAUAAAAAUGAAUUUCACUUUAGAUACCACAAAUUAUUUAUUAGGUAUAAUUAUGUAUUGCGCUAUGUCGGUGAUGAUAUGUUUUACAUAAUUUUUAUGUGUCACAAAGCUUUGUAAAGCUUUACUUGAAAAUGAAGAAGAUCCAAAUAAAGUAAUUCUUUAGAUAUAUGAUUAUUAGAUCUCACUUUUUGCAAUUGGUUAUCUAACAGUUUAAGAUUCUUAUAUAUGUCUAUAAAAUCUCUAUUAAGCAUUAAUUACAUAUGUAAUAAUUAGUAUUUCAUUUAGCAAUACUUCUAAUAUUUUAUUUUACCUGCCUUCUUUUACUUUUUGUUGGCAACAACUUGUGAUAUGAAGUUAAUUUGGAUUGUUUGGAGAAGCAGACAUUUAGAUGAUUUAUUUGAUCAAUAAAGAAUGAGAAAGGCCAUCACUUACUUUUUUGCUUAAUUCUGUAAAUUUUUAUAAAUUAAUUUAGAUUUCAGCCUUAUUAUAUAUUUUAUAUUGAUGUACUUCUUUUACCCAUAUAAUUGGUUUAUAUAUAUAACUGGUAUGUGUCUACUCCCUUAAAUAAUACACAAUGUUCGUAUUGGUAAUAAUCCAAAGUUUAUCUCAUAUUACAUAUUUGGUAUACUAAUUCCUAGUAUGAUUUACUAAGUAUACAAAUUAUUUAUCUAGAUAUACAAUCGUGCAUGUCCAACUAAUUUACAUGGUUUUGAACCUUCUGUUGCUUUUUGCAUGAUCUUUUUAAGUGAAUACUUACUCUAAAUUAUUGUCCUUUAUAUCCAAUUUAAAUUAGGUCCUAGAUCGUUUAUUCCUAAAUGUUUCUUACCUAAACAAUAUAAAUAUCUUAGAAUACUUAAUAUAUAAGAAGAUUAUGUAAAUAUCAUCUAUAAUUCUUUUAGGAAGAAUGUGCUAUAUGUUUAACUUCAUUGAGUGAUGAUCCAUUUGAUACAUAAGACCUUACAGAAAAAUUGAUUAUCAAAUAAGCUAUGCUUACACCCUGUAAACAUUGGUUCCAUCCAUCUUGUCUUCGUAGUUGGAUAGAUAUCAAAAUGCAAUGCCCUACUUGUCGUUCAGAUUUACCACCUCUAUUAGAAUGAAUAUUUAAUUAAAUUAUCAG